CAUGGAAAUCCAUGGGAACACUCUCACAGCAUUCUAAUGGGUUGCGAGGAGAAUCGACUCUUGCAGACAUCAUUUCUCUUCGAUCAUCCCCUCAGCGCGUGAAAGGGUUCCAGUUUCACAUAUCUUGGCGUUUAAUUUUUUUCUUUGCCUCUUUUUUUUAAGCUAAAUAGAAAUGAACACUGCCAGUUUCCUUCAGAUAUCAACAGUCAUGUAUUCUUUUAAAGCACCGAAAACCUAGUUUUAAACUGUAUAUUAAGUCUUAAUGUGGACGUUUCUUUCAUGUUGGUAAUUGAAUCAGACGGUGUCACCAUUUGUAGCCUACACUGUCUCCUACUUUCAAGGAAGACCAAAGGAACAUAUUCAGUCGGGAGAUCAAGGCUGGAAGACGGUUGGGAUUCCCGAUAUGCAUCUUGGACAUUUAUUAGGUUGUUGUGAACCACACAUCUUGGAUUUUUGACGGUCUGAAUAUAUUUUUCGUUUUCGUUAAGUUUUAUUUCUGUUAUUUUCUUUCUUUUCACUCUCUCAGAAACAAGUAAGAUUUGCUGCUCUAACGUCUGGAUGAGAUAUCGCAGCUGUAUUUUUCUCCCCAAUGUACAUGUUUCCAGUAGACAAUUCGCUUCACCAGGGGAGACUGACAAUCUACUCGAUCAGAUGGAAUAAAUGGGGAUAUGCACAUUUCUCAUUUUUACAUUUUCUGUAAAUGGACUUUUCAGUGUCCGACGUCUAGUGUCGACAAUAGGUUUUAGAUUGUACAGCAAUCCCCACGCAGGAGCAGCGUUGGAGUUAUGAUUCUUAUGGAGGUUUGGACUGGGAAAUUACAACAGCCAACAUAAAAGGGACAGCGCUGGUUUCUUUAGGUCUACUUUUUCAGUUUUCGACGUGCGUUUAUCUUUCACCUGCUGAAGAUAAUUACCAGCGUUGGUUUUAAUCAAAAUGUUUCAUCUCCUGGUGUUAGUCCAUGGGAUCUGGGAUUUGCAUGGCCAUCCUUAGACUGGAAGAGGAUUGAAACAUCUGGGGACAACAACUAAUUUAAACAUACCUCUUUGUAAAUACAUCCUGCAUAUAUGUAUCUAUAGAUACCGACAGAUAGCAAAUCUAUCUAUGUAUAUAUAUAUAUCAGUUCUUUGCCCAGUGCCUCAUUACAAUUAUUGAUUUUUUCAUCUCUCUACCCCCCUAUUUCCAUUCCUUUUUUCUUUUUCUACGUGUACCAUACACGGUUGGAUUACAGAAACUGAAUAGAAAGAUUUGUGGAAAUGCUGGGUCUUCAAGAAGAUAAAUUAUGUGGAAUUAUUUCUGCUCUGGCAGCUUUGUCCUUUGUCUGCUUCGCACAAAGUCCCAAUGAGAAGACCGGAAUAUCUGUGGCAAAGAGGACAGUGGACAAAUUGCUAAAGGGAUAUGACAUCCGCCUAAGACCAGAUUUUGGAGGUUCUCCGGUUGUUGUAGGAAUGAGCAUCAAUAUUGCCAGUAUUGACUCAAUCUCAGAAGUCAACAUGGAUUAUACCAUCACGAUGUAUUUUCAACAAAGUUGGCGAGAUAAGCGACUUGCCUAUACAGAGAUGGAACUUAACUUGACUUUGGAUAACCGUGUGGCAGACCAACUUUGGCUCCCUGACACCUAUUUCCUCAAUGACAAGAAGUCGUUUCUCCAUGGGGUGACCGUAAAGAAUCGUAUGAUACGUCUCCAUCCAGAUGGUACCGUUUUAUAUGGCCUAAGAAUAACAACCACUGCUGCAUGUAUGAUGGAUCUAAGGAGAUACCCUCUUGAUGAACAGAACUGCACCUUGGAGAUUGAAAGCUAUGGAUACACUACCGAUGAUAUUGUGUUCUUCUGGCAAGGAGGUGACACCGCUGUAACAGGGGUGGAUAAGUUAGAGCUCCCACAGUUCUCUAUCAUAGAAUUACGGCUGGUAUCCAGAGAGGUGAAGUUCACCACUGGUUCUUAUCCCCGGCUCUCCCUGAGUUUCAGGAUCAAGAGGAACAUUGGCUACUUCAUCCUGCAGACAUACAUGCCCUCCAUUCUGAUUACCAUCCUUUCUUGGGUCUCCUUCUGGAUCAAUUAUGAUGCGUCCGCUGCUCGUGUGGCCCUAGGUGUUACUACGGUGCUCACCAUGACAACUAUCAACACCCACCUGCGGGAGACACUUCCAAAGAUCCCAUAUGUGAAAGCCAUCGAUGUCUACCUCAUGGGCUGCUUUGUCUUUGUAUUCCUGGCACUUCUUGAGUACGCUUUUGUGAAUUAUGUCUUCUUUGGCCGGGGUCCUCAGACACAGAAGAAGAUCCAUGAGCGGUUCAAUAAAGCCAACAAUGAGCGUCCACGCUACGAGGAGAAGCGCAUGAGAGACCAGGAUUCUAUUUCAGCACCAUUUCAAUCCAACACCCUCAGGUCAUACGCACAGCGGAGAAAUCUCUAUAUUGAGGAGCAAAGAAAAGUUGGGGUUGACGCAUAUGGAAAUAUUCUUCUCACCACUCUUGAUAUGAACAACGAGGUGAUGCCAUCAGAUGUAGGGAGUAAUGUAGGCGACUCCCGCAACUCUGUCAUGUCCUUCGAGAGUACUGGUGUGCAGUUUCGCAAGCCCAUGGCAUCCAGGGAUGGCUACAGUCACCAUUCACUGGAUCGUACAGCCAUGCGGAGCCGAGCUAAUUGUCGACUACGCAGGCGCUCAUCGAAGCUGAAGCUCAAAAUUCCAAACCUGGCGGAUGUCAGCACGAUUGAUAAGUGGUCCCGGGUAAUAUUUCCCAUCACCUUUGGAUUCUUCAACCUAAUCUACUGGUUGUACUAUGUGAAUUGAUAUGCAUCCCAGGAAACAUGGGUGAUAUUUUGAGAGCACAUUUAAUUGGGUUUGAUACAAUUUGAAAAAUGUGUAUACACAUAAAACAUUGAUACAUAUGUAUAUGCAUAUUUCUAUAUAUUUAUAUAUAUAUAUUUACACACAUUUGUGUGUCAAAAAGACUUGUGUAAAACUACUAUUAAUAUAACGACUUGAAUGUUUAAGAAUAAUUAUGAAAAAAAAAAAAAAACAUUUUGAGUGUUUGUUUUUUUUAUUUCUGGGAUGAAGCUGAAAAAAGAUACAAUCCCUUUCAGGAGCCUGAGAACUUUUGACUGCAUGGUAUUUUUGCUAAAAGAAAAGAAAGAUCUUGAGAAAAAUAUUUGAAACAAACAAAAAGGACAUAUUGGAGAGUAUCGCUGGCUUUUAUUAAUGUUCACAGUAAUCUGCAGUCCUGACUGUGGCUCAUGAAAUCAAAAAAAGAAGAAAAAAAUGUUUUUUUGCAGAAUCUUUUCCCCCGUCCUUUCAAUAGUCAAGUCAGACCUCAAGCCCUCAGCCAAUCCCAUUUCCUAUGGAAAAGACAUGGAGCUCUACAUCUAUUUUCCCCCACUCUGUACAGCUAACGACAUAUGGUUUACGUAUUGUUUGCUAUGACGUUUGUUUGGUUGGUAGCUUUUUUUUCAAAGACUUAUAAUUUGGUCCAAAAUGUCCUUGCAAUUAAAAAGUGACAUAGACUAACAUUGAGCAAGUCUGGUUACGCCAAGCCUGUUGAUGAAACGUUUCCUUUAUUUUUCCGUUAUUUAUUUUCUUCAUAUUUAGUUUUUGAUUUUUGAAAAUUUCAUGGACCAGUGCCUCUGGCUGUAUUUGAGUACGCUAUCAUGAACCGUUAAUGUUUGUGCUAAGAAUAGUGUCAUGGAAACCUUCAGUAGCAUUAAUGAGACCUUAAAUGUCUUAUUCGUUUAAACCUAUUUGUUACAAAAACCAUACACAGCUUAGUUUUCUGUAAUUCAGUAUCCUUUUUGGUAUCAUGAUUGGCACCAGUAUUGCCGUGAUCUGCACUGGAGCCUGAAACUAUCGACCUGAUGCAGUAUCGUCUAUUAUAGUAUUGUCUGUUUUUAUUUAUGUGAUUGGAACGUUCAGGGAAGUUUACUUGGUAUUUAGGACGGCAGUGGAAGAACGAUUUUCUUGGACCUUUGGCCAGAAAUUCUGAAAUCAACAUGAAUAAGGUAUAUCAAAAUAUAUUGCAGUUCAAAACAGGGAAUACAAAUGCUGUUUUUAUGUGACACUCUUAACAUACUUUCAUACCUUAAGAAUGUUAGGUGGUGUUAGAGUCCCUGUUAAAUGUGCCUGAAACUGAAAUGGAACUGAGAGGUGUCCUUACUUUGUCUUUCAGUAGGUUCAGAAAGAGAUAGUGGUAGGUCACUUAACUUUGCCCUCUGACACCCUCUCACACACAAGAAUGAGCAACACACCCAUUCCCCUGAUGUCACUGCUCUGUGGAUAGUGUCCCAAAAAAGUGACAGCAGAAUAAUCAGGAAGCUAGAUUUUACCUGGCAAAAGAAGGCAUACAAUAUAAGCCAUGAACUAAGUACCAAAAAGCCUACAAUACAUGUUUGAUGUGGUGCCUGUUGUGUUGUAUUUUGUUCUCAGCCUCAACCGUACUUUGUAACUCACCAGUAAUUGGCACCUGACCACUUUUAUCUUCAAUUCAUCUGACUGCUGCUGUUUCAUGAAAGAGAUAAUCUCAGCAUCUAUGACAGCCCCCAUCUGAGUGGCUUUUUUUUUAUUUCUUGUAGCCUGCUUCAUAGAGCAGUGCCAUGAGAGAACUAUCUUAUAAUAUCUGGGCAGAAUAUGAGAUUGUUAGCCACUGAAAGUGUAAGUAGGAACUUUCAGAGGACAAGGUAUGGAGCUCUUGAGCACCGCUAUAUCACGCCAAACCAAGUGCCAAGCGAAUCUCAGGUCUCACUCCCCUAGUCUCAUGUGUGUUAAUGGGCUCUUGGGCCCAGCAUUGCUACACCCAUGUGCUAACUAAUGCUUUUUUUCAGUAUUUUGUCCGUCUAAUUUUUAGUCUCUGUGAGCUGUGGAUUUUACACAAUCAAGAGUUAAGUAAGGAUUAGAGUAUUAGCAACUUUAGAACUACUUAUUGUUGCUAGCAUUGUAAAAAGAAAACUAACAUGAACUGAAAAGUUAUUAUUUUCAGCAAAAUUAUGUUUCAUAUUGCAACAUUAUUGAAGAAAGAUAUUGAAGGUGCCGUUUGUAGGAUUUAGGGUGAUCUAUUAACUGAAAAUGGAAUGUAAUAUUUCUAAUUAUGUUUUCAUUUGUCUAUAAUUAUCACUUAUAUGUAACUAUGAAACAUUGUUUUCUCUUUAGCUAAGGAUUAUCACUUCACAUCUACAUAGGGAGCAGGUCUUCUUUCACAGAGUUUGCCAUGUUGUGCCACCAUGUUUUCUGCGGUAGCACAGAUUAGGCAAACUAAAACGCUGGCACUAGAGAGGGCGUUGGGCUUUUAUGGCACCUGAUAGCCAUGGCACUGUCGCUUCUCCUAUUUGAAAAAGGAGAGGUAUUUAGUCGGUUGCAAUCUGCAACCUUACUGCUAGAUGGCACUAAAUCCUACGUACUGCACCUUUAAGAUGAAACAAAAUGAGUGACCUCAUGGGAAUUGAUCAUUCAACCUUCGUCAAAUCAAUAUAUAAAGUAUGUUUCCAUGUGUGGGAGAUUUUUAUAUAAUUUAUCAAGCAUCUUAUGCUUCUUUUUAAGCUUCUUUCUUUUGGAGAAGAUAAACCAGUAUGGAACUGUGUUAAUAAGUGUGACUGCUGUCCACUCUCUUGGUCAUAUAAAUGAAUACCCUUCAUAUAUACAUGGCCACACCCAUCCAUGUAGCAGAAUACUGAUGACUGUGUAUUGAAAUAAUGAACGGGAUAGAUGUGCAACCUCUAGUUGAGACUGAACACACAUAUGACUUAAGUGGUUGUGUCCUCCAACUAACACAACUUCCUGUCAAGGAUUGAGCUGACCAUUAAACCUGUAAUUAAUUACACCCGUAGGGACUUAAUAGACAUACAAGCUUUUAUUGAAAUCGGACAUACUGUGACAUUUGGAACACUUGUGCAGCAAAAAUUUGCCUAGCGAUCUUUCCUCAUCACUCUGUGUUUCAAAAAUCUUGUAACAACUGCAGAGUGUAUCUAGAGGUGUGCACCUUAUAUCAAGUAAGUUUUAUCAAGGAAAUCAGAGAGUUGGUUAUAAUAAAGAAGUGAAUGUUGUAGUCUUAAGGAACUUUUAUACUGGAUGAGACCCACAAAAAUUACAUUUCAGUGUUGUCAUUGGUAUUAAUGUACGUUUGUCGAGUUGAAGGUAAUUUGGUACAAAGUUGUGAAAACAUCUCCUAAUGGUCCUAAACAUGAAAGUAGCCUUGCAGAUAAGAUCUGGGGACCAUAACUGUGAAGACAUAAAACGUGUAAAGGAAGAUAAAGAUAAGAUGCACAUCCACAAAAUAUGCUUUUACAAAUUUGGCUAUUGAACAACUGAUUUAGAGCAGUUUUGUUUGGGUGUUCACUGUAUAUUAACUGUAAAGCCCAACAUUCAUGGAAUUCUUCAUUGUCCUGUCAAAUUCAGCUUUUGAUUGUCAUCAUAAGCAAAAUAAUUAGUCACUGGGGAUACUAAUGACAGUCAACUCAUUUUUUCUGUCUGUCUUUAAGUUAAUAUUUUACAUAAUUAUUUAUUAAUUACUUAAUUAGGAUUGCUGGAUGAUGUCUGGCACAAGGUUCAUUUGGUUCUUUCAUGAAAAUCCUAUCCAUCCAUGUUAUCUGAUGAGUGUAGCCUAUCGUGGCUACAGAGUGGCGAAAUAGUGAGGUGGAAUCAUUGUGACCAUUUAGCUUUAGUCAGUCAAGUUCAUGUGGCCAUUAGUCUGCAACUAAAUCGUUUCAGAGAAUGCCCAACUUCGCGAUGCAUACAGUAUGUGUGCCACUCAACCAUUGCCACCCAAGAUGAUUAGUUAAAGUUAGAAUAAACAACAACCCAUUUGGCUUGGUUUAUUGAUGCUAAGAACGGCCACUGUGUCCUACACAACUUGAACUAUGUCAUCUUUGUAGAUUAGAUCCAUUACUUCACUCUCCCAUCCCUUUGUUAAAAUCAGUUUACAGGAAUUUUGUGAUGUUGUGAAUAGAAAGAUAAAGACCUCUGAUCCAGUACACCCUGACCCAUUGACAAGAUAAAGUCUUGUAACAGAAACUCAUGUAUACUCAAAUAGAGGCUAUGUGAAACUCAGAUGUCCCAAUGGUUAACAAAGUAUUACUACCGGUAUGUGCUUUUGGACUGUCAGGAUUCUUUGGAGUUAGAUAGCAGGAAUAUCUGCAGUAACGUUAGUCUUUGGUAGCACAAGAAUAGAAGGGUUUAAAUUCUGUUUCAUGUCAUUUCCUACCCAAAACAGACAAGGGAAGCCAUGAUAGCAUCAUCUUUAUUGUCUUGAUGGAGGCCAGACUAGUGGACAGGCCAUUACAAAAAAGACUAGCAACACUAGUGGACGGGCCAUUACAAAAAAAAAAUAUUGUAUUUCCAUACAUCCCUUGUUUUUGUGGUUCUUUGGGUUGAAUUUUGAUGAACAAUUUUACUAUAGCUGGCCAUUUUGUCGGUAUCAUUAAUAUUUCUAUUUAUGUACGUGAAGAUAGGUGGAUAAAUAUGUACCGAGUUGUUUAUUUGUUUGUUUUUGCUCUGUUUGGGAAGGGGCAAAGCUGUGGUCUUUUAAUGGGAAUUCAAGCUCGCAGUCAGUAGAACCAUCUCUCUUCUCUGUCCUCUCACAUAUGAAUUUACAUUCAUAUGUCAUAUGUCAACACUGUGCAAAAUUAACUACCUGCAUAACUUGUUUCAUGAUGCAAGAGGUUUUGUUUACAUUUAACUGUGUUUCUCCUUGACAGCAUUCGUUUUAUGAUGUGGGAGUAGGAAGUGAAAAAUGUGUUGAAUGAUUGAUUUCAAUGUGAAUUUUCUUGCCUUUUGUGUAUAUGUGUAAUUACAUGUGUAUUGUACUGUAAAUAUAUAUCUUUCACUUAUAUUUCUUACUGCAUGAACCAAACAAAACAGUUUGUAAUAGCAGCUAGAAUCACUGAUAAUGGCAUGAACAGCUUUUGCAGCACCAGAAUCCUUCAGAAAACAAAACCUAUGAAAAAAGGGCGAGUGGCUAAAGUUAAGAUAUUGGUUUUGUUUUGCAUGCCUUCAUGAAAAGGUUUAUUUUGAUAUUUUUCUAUCUUGAACCUCUGUAUCACCUGACAUCAGUUUGAAGAUGAGACAAAUGGAUAACCGUUUCUUCUCAAUGUAGGCAUCAUGGACAGACA